AUGGAAAGAAGUGACAAUUACAGGGAUGAUCCUCACAUGCCAGGGCGCAUUGUUUUUGCGUGUGAUGCGACUAAAGAUCGCAAUAAGCAGGAGUUCAAGAACACGAUUAGUAAUAUCAGGAUGCAAGGUGGGAUAAUUAAAGCAGGGGAUAAAAUUACCGUUCUUGGGGUUGUACACAAAAUCCUACACCCCAUGGGUUACCAAAUGAAAAUAGGUCACGGGCCUUUCUUUGGAACACAUGUCCGUGCAAUGGAAGAAGAAUUCUCGAGAAAAAUUGAUUCUUAUGUGAGCAUGCUCCAUCAUAGUGCUGAAGAAUGUGAAGCUGAUGGGGUUGAAAUUGAAGCCAAGAUUACUAUUGGAGGUCCAAUGAAGAUGGUUGUUGCAAAAGAAGUUGCAACUUCCAAUGCAACCUGGGUUGUACUUGAUAGGCACCUAAGAAAGGAGUUGAAAUAUUAUGUUAAACACACCCCUUGCAAGGUUGCACUGGUUCUUGAUGACUUAUCAUUGGAGGUUUUGAGGCCAUAUUCUUCUAAAAAGGAUGUUGGAAAUAUUGAAUAUACACUGUUUUACUCGCUAUCCAAGCCUGUCGAGCCACUAUCUGAUCAAGAUAACGAGACAAUCAACAAUUCUGUCCUUUCUGCCGGAUCCUAUGCAUCUAUCUGUACCUUCGAGGGCUCUAACAUGACCAAGAACAGCUCCAUAUCAUCAUUCACGCCCAAUUCCAAUGAUCACAGCUUUUCCUCACAAGAUGAAUCCAGCCAAAAUACUACGCCGGAGAAAUCAGGUAAUGGUGCUAAAGUGGAAAAUAAAUAUGUUGUUUCUCUCCCAAUGAAGCAAAAACAAAGAAGUCCACAGAGAUCCUCUGAUUCAACAACAAAGGUGCCCAAGGAAGAAAUUAUACAAGAGUUUAUGAAAUUUCGGUCGCGAGAUAGUGCUAAACAACAGAAACCAGGUAGCAAUGCUGAAGGGGAAAAUAAAUAUGCUGUCUCUCCUCUAAUGAGGGAGAAACAAAAAAUUUCUCAGAAAUCUUCUGACGUGCCUGUUCUUUCAACUGAUAAUGGCAUGAAUAAUGGGCUAGAUUCAAUUGCAUUUAGUUAUUCCGAAAUCCAGAUUGCAACAGAGAAUUUUUCAUCUGAUAAUUUACUCGGGGAAGGAGGAUAUGCUGUUGCCUAUAAAGGCCAACUUAAGGAUGGGCAGCUCAUUACAGCAAAGGUGCUAAAAGAUGCAAGUACACAAGGGCCUGCAGAAUUUCAUUCUGAUGUAUAUGCCCUGAGUUUUGCACGCCAUAAGAACAUUGCGAGGCUUCUUGGUUAUUGUUGCAAGGAAAACAUUAACAUCUUGGUCUAUGAAUACAUCUGCAACAAAUCUCUAGAGUGGCAUUUAUUUGAUAAUACGGAUCAUGUUCUUGAGUGGCACACAAGACGUUCUAUUGCCAUUGGAAUUGCACAAGGUUUGCGUUAUCUACAUGACGAGUGUCGGGGAUGUCCUAUUAUUCAUCUGGAAGUGAGGCCUAGCCAAAUAUUGCUCACGGAUGACUUGGUUCCCAUGCUGGGAGACUUUGGACUAGCAAAAUGGAAGACGGACGAGGCUGAUAGGCAAACACGAAUUCUUGGCACUCUAGAAAAUCUUGCACCAGAGUACACAGAAAAUGGCAAUGUUUCUGUAAAAAAAGAUGUUUAUGCAUUCGGGGUUGUCUUGUUACAACUAAUAUCAGGACGCCGGAUAGUGGAUUCAACUAGUGACAACAGCCAACACUCCAUUAUACAAUGGGCGUUGCCACUGAUUCAGACGCUUGCAUUAGAAAAGCUUGUUGAUCCUCGCCUUGGGGACUCGUAUAGGAUUUAUGAACUCUACCAUAUGGCUAAAACAGCAUGCUUAUGUGUCCAAAUGGACCCUGCUAUGCGCACGUCAAUGGGAGAGGUGUUGCACCUUCUUGAUGGUAAACACGAUCAUUUCCUCUGA